AUGGCGACUGAAGAACCAUUGCAGAUUGCACUGGACGGUGUCAGUGCCCGCACUGUCUUUUGCGAGGGCGACGUGGUGCGCGGAAAAGUGAGAGUCGACACGAAGCUCCAGUCCUCGCGCGUCUCAAUCUGCUUCAAGGGCCUAGCCAUAUCCCGCAUCAACGAACGGCAGGGCAAUAGCCAUGCCACCCGCGUAAGCAAAUACACUCUCCUCCAAUACGACACGAUCCUCUUCUCCGGCGAGGACAUUGCCUCUUCCGCCUCGGAGGACGAUUCUUUCGCAACCUUUCCCUUCGAAUUCCGCUUUCCGGCAGCCGUACAGGCCAGAACCUACAGCGAGCCCAGCCGCACCUUUGAAAGCGAGCCCGGCCAUGCUCUUCCUCCCACCUUCACAGCCGACGUCCGCGGCCAGCCCCAGUCGGUGCAAUACUACCUCGAAGCCAGCAUCCUGACGAUGCACCUCAAGAUCUUUAGCAGCGAGAAGAAGAAGGUCACCUACCUGAACUUCAGCCCCGUCUGUACCGAUCCCACGCCUGCCCUUUCUCCUGCACUUACCACCCGCACCAUGUCACACACGCGCCAGUCGCGCCGCCUCAUUCCCGACUACGAGCCGCACGGCCUUCGCGCUCACUUCUGUGACUUAAUCCCUAGCUCAAAGGACCCAUCCGCCUCGUUCGCGGUAAAAAUGCACUUGCCCCAGACGAUCAGGGCAGGGCACCCGUUCAGCAUUUCAUUCGGCAUCACGCACGGCGAGCGCAGCGCGGACAUAGCCACGCCACCGCCCUUGCACCUGCACGCACUCACCGUCUCCAUCAAGGCACACACCCAAGUCCGCGUCGUCUCCUUGUCGCAGAUAUGUCGAGCCACCACGCGCAAAAUCACCAUUGCCGAGCGUCACUGGGACGCGAAGCACGGCGAGGCAUCUUCAUCUUCCUCGGCGCCGCCGCUCCUGCUGCCGGCUGGAGGCGAGAUGGUGCCGCUCGCGUCGCUGCUGGAGAAUGAGGGCCAGCUCGUGGUGCCCAAGCACUUCACCCCGUCCUUCAAGUCGUACAACAUCGUACGGUCGUACGACCUCGUAGCAGUGCUGAGCAUCGAGUGCGCGGGCAAGAUGUUUGACGUCAAGGCUGUGGGCGAUCACGUUAAGGGCUCGACGGUACUGCCGUGGCCGGGGCUGCGUGAAGCGGAGGCUGGGGAAAGGAUUGCGUUUGCGGAAGAUGGCGCUGCUGACGGUGGAAUGUACUGGGAGGAUGAAGACGGGGGUGAGGAGUUGCCGCCGCCGCCGUACGAAGAAGUUGUGGGGAAAGAGAACGAUGGGGAUUGACGUUGACGUGCGGGGUUCGCGUCGAUGCGCGCUAGCAGGUGACCACGGCCCUAAGGCUCUAAAGCAGCUUAGAGCUUGCUUUAAAAGGCUUAGCGCAGCUAAGUCAGCGACGCGGGCCUCUACUCCGCGCGUUGCCUGCAACUCCCACUUCUGCCGUCGAUGCUCAUUUGCUUUCGUAACAUCAAUCAUCUCAUUCUCUCCUCGUUGCUUGAUAUCUACAGUUUUUCUCAAUGCGUUUGAGUAGUAUGCCGGAG